AACAAGCACACCAACAUUACACUUACUGAAGUAAGUGUUUGUAUAUAGCUGUCGCCAGAACCGUGUGUGAAGUGCAAGGACUGGAAGAUGACAAUUGUUUGCAAUGUAUGCGAGCUUGGAAAGUCGAAGUAUAAAUGUCCGGAAUGUCUGAUUUCUUAUUGUUCUCUUGACUGCUGGAAGACUCACAAAUCUUCAACAACAUGUAAGCCUGUAGUAUACAGACAGGUACAGCGUCGUCUUAAUUUGGUAAGUGCAGCAGAAGAAAAUGCUGAAUCCACGUCAGAAGAUGCUGUUGCCAAGGAGAAGCUACAAGCAUUAGCGGAAUCGGAUGAACUCAAAGAUGUUCUGAAAAACCAUGAAUUAAGAGAGAUGUUAAUAGCAAUUGAUAAGUCUAAAUUUCCUUCACAAGCAAUACAGGCAGCAAUGAUGGAACCUAUGUUUGUGGAAUUUGCUGACAUUUGCCUGAAAAUUGUUGAGCCACCAGCAGAAUGAAAAGCCUAUUUGUAUACUCGGAAUGCUUUUUUUCCAUGUAACAUUUGUGUGUGCUGCAUUAAGUUCUUUAUGUGAAAAUAUUGUUGUGUAUGUGAAAAAUUAUUUAUUUAAGAUUGUUGUGAUGUAAUUAUCUUGCUGCAAACAUCAUUUUAUAAAUUUGUUAUACAUUAAAAAUGCUUCGUUUUAGUAGCAGAACAAAUGUAUUGACUGUGGCAUAAUAUUUAUGUUGCUGUUGCUUAAAUUUCUAAUGAAUAAACACAUUUUCUAGCUAAUAGUAUCGAGAAUGCAAAAUAAGACGACAAGAACUUACUUGUUGUUUCUGGUGCAAAUAAGCCAGUCUGUAGUCAUAGGGCACCAUACAUGUGACCACUGUCCCACUCCAAAUAAUUUUUGUUAUCCAUAUAUGUAUGUGGAAAAAUAUAUAAAUCUAGGUAGGCAUAGUUUCAUUUCUGUAACUAAAAAAUGUAAAAUUAGAAAAAGUU